AUGGAACCUCACCCACCUCCCGACAGCGGUAUCAACUUCCCCGACGCUCCAUUUAUUCCGUACAACAAAGUCGCCUUACGCCUCCUCGAGAUGCACUUCAAAGACUCACCAUACAUUCUCAAUCCACCAUCAGCUUCGAACGAAAACGUCGACACGGUUAUGCACUCAACAGAGGUCCCUCCAGUCGAAUCUCAGAGCUCUGGUUCGAACGCUUUGCAGGCAACAUCUUCCACCGUUCCGAAUCAACCAUCCGCCUCACCUCCACACAUUCCAUCACCCAUUUCCGUAAACGAAGACGUCGAGAUGACUCCGUACGAGGAGCCAUCGCUGCACGACCAAUGUAUGGACGAUUCGCCGCCGACGGGUCCCCCUGUAGGCCAGGAAACUUCGAUGCAGCUGUCUUCGGGCGAUUCGGACUCGGAUUGUCGUUCCACGCACUCAGACGAGUCAAUGCAGGACGAGGAGGAUGUUUCUGGAGUGUCAGGAGACAUCGGUGAGAUACUGGGCUCAGAUGCGGAUGAACUAGUGAAUUUUUUGCGCCGUUUUAACAUUCUGGUGGACACAGAAUAUCGGCAAACGAUCUGCGUCGAGUGCAGCAGAAUCGUUCACCAUCCUCACAUGCAUGGACACCAGAAACACGAACACUUCAAAUAUAAGCCCGGACAAUGCAACACGGCCAAACUCCCUCCAAAGCAGCAAAUUGACGCUGCGCUCUCCUCUCUUGGUGCAGACACUCCUCUCCCAAUACCAAAAACAGGUAUACCGGCGAUACCAGGUGUCGAGGUCGAGUCAGGAAUUCAGUGUAUCGAAACUGGAUGCCUGGCGUGUUUUGUAGGUAAAAACAAGCGGGACCUUCUUUAUCGACACUACGCCCGUAUCCAUCCGCUUGUCCGGCCACCCCCAACAUUCGAAAAAUUUCCCAAUCUGCUGUGCCAGUCAAGCUCCACACAGAAACGCCAACGCUUCUACUUCCACGUCACCUCAACAGACCAACUCACCUCCCAGGCCUUUAUGGACGUCAUGACGAAGGCAAAAGCCGUUGACCUGUUCAAUCCAUCGGACAUUUUUCAUGCCUCCGAGAGUGCGCAAGAGAGGAACACGGCGUUCACACACACACGAUGGGAUUUGUUGUUGGAAGGUGUAAAGGUAGCAGAUCUUCGAGGCUUGGCACAGUUAGCGCUUCGUCCAGGCGAGGAGUAUCUUGAGUCAUUGAAGGGUUUCGUGCGGCAAUACUACGAAGCCAUUGUUAAGGACAUAUCAAAGUUGACAAAUCUAACAAGAAGAUAUAUCAUGUCAUAUAAAUUCGGAGUUCCGAAGGACCAGCCUUUUAAGCGGCCUCAAGAGAGGGGGACUAUAGACAAGGACUCGGACUAUAUGUCCAGGUUCUUAUUUUUUCUUAUUCGUUCCCUCGACACCUCGAUCGAGAACUUUCCAAUCUCCCUCCAUCCAGACACGGCCCAUCUCCUUCGUCAUUUACGAGACCUUCUCCAACAGCCGACUUCCAUCCCAGCUGAUGUUCUGUUCGUCAUACACGAAUGUCUAUGGUCGAUUCUAUCCGUUGUUAGCGACGCUUUUUUGUUCGAUGACUCGCAGUGUCCCUUCACUCGUUUUCUCCUUGCGUCCAACUUGCAUGACGAUUACGGAACAUUUGAGAAUGUCACCAUCAUUCCGCCACGGAUUACAAUGCUUCAAUGGUGUUUCCGAGCUACUGGCGUACGACAGGUUCUUCACAUAAUGGAAAUGGAAGGGAUUAACAGUCAAACUGCAUUUGAUACUAAUGUUGCCGACUACCUCUGCGAUAGCAAGCCUACGCUGUUCAACAACCUCCGACAAUAUAUGAAGCUGUUUAGCACCAUAUCCUACGCUCAAAAGCCUAUCGCAAAAAUUAACCUCAAUCCACAAAGGACUGUCAUUUCCAUCGACAGCAGUCCCAUCAUUAUUGCCGAUUUUGUCAGUGGAAUUCACAGUGUUCUCGACGCCGUGGAAAAAAAGGUUGAUGAGCUGUUCCGUGGUUGUGUUUAUCAGGACCUGCUUGAACGAAUCGACCGUUCGCUGGUCCCAGAUUCUUCGGGACAGCCUUACUGGUUUAGGGACAGCGCCGCAAACAUCGAUUAUGGUUACUCAUUCAUGAAGGAACCUUGUAACGGGAUGGAACAAGAUAAACAACGUCUUCUUCGCUACCUCUGUGAAGACUCGCGGUUUUUCAAGAUGGUCCCUAACGUUGGAGUGUUUGCAGCUCAAGGGGCCAUACGCGAAUGGUUUUCGGAAGUGAAUGAAGUCGUAAAAGGUCUCUUUUACCUGAUUGUCUGUACUUGGGGCGGUGGUGCUCGCGGUACAGAACUCCAACACCUCUCCUAUGCCAAUCAUCCAUCCCACCCUCGUAAUAUCCUUUUCAUCAAUGGCAUCCUCACCAUCGUAACCACAUACAACAAGACUCUAUCCAAUACCGGUGUCGGAAAGAUGAUUGCGCGUAGUCCGGCUGUACGCGUUAGCCGUCUAUUCGUGUUGGUUCUCUGGCAGGUGUAUUGGGCUUGUGCUCACCUCUCACUAUACACCGGAAUGAGUAAGGAGAGUUCUCAGCGGUACCUGCAUGAGGUCUUUGUUUUAUUGGGGGAAAGUAUGUCCAGCGAAAAAUUCUCCUUCACGCUGGGCUACUAUAAUUCACUCUCCGUUGGGUUCCAGAUCAAACUGGCUGACUUUCGUCAGCUGAUGGCCACCCUAUCUCUAUUCCCUGGAAAGCAUCACUUGUACACCUCCCAUCAAGCCGUAAAUUUUAAAUGA